AUGGCCAACUUUCUUGCCUCAAUCUUCGGUACAGAACUCGACAAGGUCAACUGCUCUUUCUACUUCAAAAUCGGUGCUUGUCGUCAUGGCGAUCGCUGCUCGCGAAAACACGUCAAGCCUUCGUACAGCCAAACGAUCCUGAUGCCCAACCUCUACCAGAAUCCGGCUUACGAUCCUAAAAAUCGAAUGAAUCCUUCUCAACUACAAAACCAUUUCGACGCCUUCUACGAGGAUAUCUGGUGUGAGCUUUGCAAAUACGGAGAGCUGGAGGAGCUUGUUGUUUGUGACAACAACAAUGAUCACUUGAUCGGCAACGUCUACGCCCGCUUCAAGUACGAAGAGUCGGCACAAAAAGCUUGCGAUGAGCUCAACAGUCGAUGGUAUGCUGCGCGCCCGAUAUACUGCGAACUAAGCCCUGUCACCGACUUCCGCGAGGCUUGUUGCCGACUUAACUCUGGAGAAGGGUGUGUUCGAGGAGGGUUCUGCAAUUUCAUCCACCGGAAGAACCCUAGCGAAGAACUCGAUCGCGAUCUGACUUUGAGCACAAAGAAGUGGCUAAAGGAGCGUGGUCGUGAUGAGAAGAGCGCGUCCCGCUCACCUACACCUGAACCCACAAGACGUCGCUACUAG